AUGAAAAAAGAAGGAGUAAAGUCAUACUAUCAAGCAAAGAUUGAGGAAUGUGAAUUAGUUAUAAAUGAAAAGACUCAAGACUUGAGACGUUUAGAAGCACAAAGAAAUGCUUUAAACGCUAAAGUACGUCUUUUAAAAGAAGAACUUCAAUUAUUACAAGAACCUGGUUCUUAUGUAGGCGAAGUUGUCAAAGUCAUGGGCAAAAAGAAAGUCUUGGUCAAGGUUCAUCCUGAAGGCAAAUUUGUUGUUGAUCUCGCUUCUGAUAUUGACAUUGCACAAUUAACACCUACAACACGUGUUGCACUUCGUAAUGAUUCUUAUCAACUUCAUAAAGUUUUACCCAACAAAAUUGAUCCUCUCGUCUCUCUUAUGAUGGUUGAAAAGGUACCCGAUUCCACGUAUGAAAUGGUAGGUGGUCUUGAUCAACAAAUUAAAGAAAUUAAAGAAGUGAUCGAGUUACCUGUGAAGCAUCCCGAACUGUUUGAAUCACUUGGUAUUGCACAACCUAAAGGUGUCUUGUUAUAUGGUCCUCCUGGAACGGGUAAGACACUUUUGGCUAGAGCUGUUGCUCAUCACACAGAUUGUCGUUUCAUUCGUGUCUCUGGUUCUGAAUUAGUACAAAAAUAUAUUGGUGAAGGUAGUAGAAUGGUUCGUGAAUUGUUUGUGAUGGCCAGAGAACAUGCUCCUUCAAUUAUUUUUAUGGAUGAAAUCGAUUCUAUUGGUUCAGCUAGAAUGGAAAGUGGAGGAGGAGGAGAUUCUGAAGUACAAAGAACGAUGCUUGAAUUACUAAAUCAAUUAGAUGGCUUUGAAGCAACAAAGAAUAUUAAGGUGAUUAUGGCUACAAAUCGUAUAGAUAUCUUAGAUCCUGCAUUAUUACGUCCAGGUCGUAUUGACCGUAAGAUCGAAUUCCCUCCACCAAGUGAAGAAGCACGUGCUGAUAUUUUAAAGAUUCAUUCUCGCAAGAUGAAUUUAACUCGUGGUAUCAAUCUUCGUAAAAUUGCUGAAAAGAUGAGUGGUAGUAGUGGUGCUGAAGUAAAGGCUGUUUGUACAGAAGCUGGUAUGUUUGCUUUACGUGAACGUCGUGUUCACGUUACUCAAGAAGACUUUGAAAUGUCAGUUGCUAAAGUGAUGAAGAAAGACUCUGAUGCUAAUACAAGUUUGAAGAAGCUCUGGAAGUAG